UCUAUAUUUUAGCGGCGGGCCGUAUCUCUUUCAGCCACCUUUUAAGCCGCACUGGCCCGACGAUUUCGAGUACGGGAGGUAUUGGCCUCCGAUUCCUCUUAGUCCUCCCCUUUCGCCGCGCAGCCCUCGUCGUCCUCCUCCUCCUCGUCCUCCUUCUCCUCCUCCUUAUCGCCACGGCGGAAAUCUCCGAGCCAGAUCACAAGCUGCACAUAUUUACUAUGGCACGCAGAGUUCGGACUAGGUUGCCGGCACGUCACAUUCCUCGUAGCUUCAGCCAGCAGCACAUAAUCCUUCGUGCCCUUCAUCGGGGCCAUAUUAACCAAGCCAUAACCAGCCACCGCAGCCACUUGCAGUUCCCUCCAAUCCGACGUAGCCGUUGGUCUCGCAGCCUCCACGGAGCUCCACCUGUUCGCAGCCUCCACGGAGCUCCACGUGUUCGCAGCCUCCACCGAGCUCCACGUGCUCGUAGCCUCCACCGAGCUCCACCUGUUCACAGCCUCCGGAGCCACUUGCAGCUCCCUUCACUCCAAGCAAGAAGCAGGCCCCUCAGUGCCUCUCGAGCUGCACCAAUCCGCAGCCCUCAUCACCACCUGCAGGUUAUGGAAUUGGAGAGACAUGGGUACAGCAACAUGUUAGAGCUGGGUCCCUCUGCUAAUUAUCUCUGGAGCCAAGAAACUAGCCUUCUUGAGACCAAGGCCAUGGAGGUUGAUGAGGAGGUUCGCACCUUGAAGGAAGAACUAGAGGCCAUCCAACAAGAGCACGCUGAGUUGCGACAGAAACAGAGGGAGCUAGUAGCCCAACUGUCUGUUCUUCUGGAGACUAUACGAGCCAUUAAGAGCCAGGCCUCUGAGGCGACCAAGUGUGAUGACAUAUGUUUCCAGCCAAAUCCAAGCCUUCGUAGCCACCUGCAGGUUAUGGGACCUGAGAGGCGUGGGAAUGUCCACAUGCUAGAACUGAGUGUCUCACCUAGUGAAGUUUUGAGCCAACCAACUAGCUUUGUAGAGGUCAUCCGGAAGUUCUCAGAGCAAAUUGAGGAGGUUCGCACCUUAAAGGAAAAGGCACAGGCUGUUCGACUGUCAAAUGCCAAGUUGCGACAAAAACAUGUGGAACUAGAAUCCCUUGCGAAAGCUAUACAGAGUCAGCUCCUAAAGGAGUACAUAUGUCAUGAUACAUGUUCGCCACCAUCUCAUACAAAACAGGUGCUUUUGCCAAUCGAGAACUCCACUGAUCAGGAGGGUCUGCAUAUGCAACAAAUUGGCUCGUCAUCCUCAAGCCAGAUUGUUCCACAAAAUCAGAUUGCAGACAUUUCACAUGAUGCUGGGACUCCUGCUAUAUAAUCAGUCUAUGGAAAGGCAUCUAAGGACCAUAAAUUUCUUCUCUGAAAACUGGAGCUGCGAGACAUCCAUGGAUUUUUCUUGUGUUCUUAGCAUAUGUUGGAACUCCGUGCAUUUCAUUCUCAGUAUUUUGGCAUAUGUGCCGUGUAUAGAUCAUCUUAGUAAACCUUGACAAUAUUUGAAUUAAAGAAAUCUGCAACUGUUGCAUCUUCAAUUUUUA